UGCUUUUCUGGAAAGAUAAAAUACGCGGGUUUACGCUUCUCAUCCCCUGUCCUUCGCGAACAACUACUCUUUCCGUCGUUUUUUAGACAUUUUCUUCUUUGAAGAUAUAAAAACGAGUAUUUAAAAUGGUCCGUCAAUCUGUUCUCUCCGACUGCCUUAACAACAUUGUCAACGCCGAGCGUCGUGGACGUCGUCAAGUGAUUGUUCGUCCCUCCUCGAAGGUCAUUGUCAAGUUUUUGACCGUUAUGCAACAAAACGGCUACAUUGGCGAAUUUGAAGAGAUCGAUGACCACCGUUCCGGAAAGAUUGUCAUUCAAUUGAACGGCCGUAUCAACAAGUGUGGUGUCAUCUCUCCUCGCUUCAACAUCAAGCUUAAGGAUAUGGAGAAGUGGGUUAGUCAGCUCCUUCCCUCUCGUCAAGUCGGUGUUGUUGUCUUGACCACUUCCCGUGGUAUCAUGUCUCAUAACGAGGCCCGUGCCAAGGACACUGGUGGCAAGAUCUUGGGCUUCUUCUAUUAGACGCAAAAAUUGAAAACGGGUUCAACGCCCAAUUUUUUCAUCUCUAUUCGAGGCUUUUACUGCCCAGUUUCGUGUGUAUUUUUAACCAUGGAGGUGCUCUGUGGGUGAGCCCUUCGUAUUCUGCUUCCGCCGCUUUCCGUGUUCCUUCGUAAUGAAUUAUCUGUGGUUCCUGUUUCAUUCAAAACUGUUAAGCCGGUUGCGGUGCGUUG